AUGUCGGAGCGCCCCAUUGCUGAAAUCCUACGCGGCUUUGGCGUUGCCCCUUUUUUUGGAGAGGGGAACUUGAAGGAUCCCCAUUCGGUUGCUCGGCACCCCUCCGAGUCAUCAAGAAUCCUCCGCGUUGCCAAUCUUAAUGCAUUUACUCUUCAAAAAAUAGGAGGGCUGCAGAUCCACUGGGUCUAUUGUCUCAGCGCACAUCUCCAGUUGGACCUUGUUAAUCGACGUUUGAAUUUGUUCCGACUUCCUUCGUUCUGCAAAUGGAAUUUGUCCGCGGAUGGGGCUUUCGCUCGCACCCCGAAUCCGGUCCCCGCUCUCCUUGAAGAGGUGAUGCUCUCUUAUCGAUUAUUCUUCGCUCAGCACAAGCGGUCUUUAGAGCGCUACCGACAUCUUGAGCGGAGGCGACUGGAAGACGAGGACCAUAUCAUCGAUCCUCUUCUAGACGAGCUGUGCGGCUGCACGAGGCCUUCGUUUGGCAACUUCCUUCCGAAACAGUCCUACGAUACACAAUUUGACUUUCCGAUACUAGGCACUCGCCUUUUGUUUAUCCAAGAGUACAUAGUAAACCAACAGCCGAGUGGUUUCAAGGAGCUCUGGAAUGAUCGGAGAGAUGGUCUGAAGUGGUUCACCUUCUGGGCCGUGAUCUUCUUUGGCACCCUGGGGGUAGUUUUGUCGUUUUUGCAGCUUGCAGCCUCCGUUGUGCAAACAUAUAUUAGUUGGAAGGCCUAUGAAGCUCAACUGGGGCAAUGGGCGGAGUAG